AUGGAAAAAUUUCCGGAUGGUAUGGCGGACGGGCUUAAGCGUUUGGGUAACGCGUUACAAUCGUUGCCGCUAAAAUCGUUAGCGCCGAAAGCGGCAUUUCCCGGCGCUAAUACGGACGCCGCACCCUUACGGGGAACCGCGCGAUUCGCUAGCAGUUUUGCGUUAAAUGCGUUUUUGGAUAACGGCCUAACGUUUUGGGCCAUUUUUUAA